UGACGUAUUUAUGGGAACUCGGGCAGGAAACUCCAGUGAAAGUGAACUAAAGGUUUGACAAUGUCAUUGAAACAAAGAAUUGCAUUUCACUCGCGGUUGAAUAAAUCUACCUUAAACUCGGACUAUUGGUAUAGUAAGCAAGAAAAGAGGACACGCGGGGACAGAGCAAGUUUCACUACAGUUGCGCUCCAACCUAACAGUUCCUCUCUGAACACAAUUUUGACGAGCAGCAUCCAUUCGCGCUGUAAACAAUGUAACACCGAUUCGGGCUCUUGCAACCUUGACAAACGAACAUGGAGAAUGAGACUAUUUACGGGAGUGAGAGCAACUAAGGUUUUUAAACGGAGCUUUUUAUUUGUCAGAGAGCUGAGCACCUCUAUACUUCAGUAUGAAUUGAAAACAGAUAUGACAAAGUCUGGAAACCGACGGCUGUAUUUUGAUACCCAUGCAUUGGUUCGACUCCUCGAAGACAAUGGCUUCACCACUCAGCAAGCUGAGGUAAUUGUCAGGAUGAUGGUCAGGACAACACACUCCAACAUGGAUCUAAUCUAUAAUGACAUGGUAACCAAAGUGCAGCAGGAGAUCAUGUUGCAGAGAGUGUUUUCCCAAAUUGCAUCGGUGAAAAAGGACAUGAUUAUCCUUGAAAAGAGUGAGUUCUCUACUUUGCUGGCAGAGAAUGAGAAAGUCAAGGUAGAGCUACUGCAACUGAAGGUGCAACUGGCUGAUGUGAUGAAUAAAGUCCGCUUUGACAAUAUCUUGGAUAUGAAUUCGGAAAAAAGCAGCAUGAAAGAAAUGAAAUCAGAGCAUGAGAAGAAACUCAUGGAAAGUCAGACCGAGAUAAUGGAAAUGAAUGCUGAGCAAAAUUGUCAUUUGACUCGGUCCCAUAUGAAAAUCGACACUGAAGUGGCAGGAUUGAAAACCAUGUUGGAAGCUCACAAACUUGAUACUAUCAAAUACCUUGCAGGUUCAGUCUUCACUUGUCUCACCGUGGUUCUCGGAUUCUAUCGCAUCUGGAUGUGACUCCGGGGAGUACAGGAAGAGCUGGUCAUCUGGACCACUGUAGCUCAAAAGUAACCCAUUUGAACUGCCACCAUUUUGUGUUUGAUAAAUAGUCGAUCGCUAUAGGAACAAACAACCACUGGCUGAUGGCAUGAAGACAGAUCAAAUGCUUUGAUGUUGAUUGACAUUGAUAUUUCUGAGGACCAAUGACUUAUGAUUUAGAAGAUGAACCCAGCAAACCAUGAAAUGAGAAAGGCUGCACUUGUAAAGCACUAUCCAACAUUUUUUAUAGGAUUUUUAAUUGGUUGUGUUUUCAUAGAGUACCCUACAAAAUAAAUGACAUGUAAUUUAAAGAUAGAA